CGAAAGAAAAAAAAAAAGGGGAACCAGCCAUGCUUUGAGAAACCGGUGAAGCUUGAUGGUUCUUGCCUUAUUUUCUUGUUCUAGAACUGAAAAUGGAACCCAGAAAUUCUCCCCCCUGCUGGAAAAUCCGGAUCUGCUGCUGCUUCCUCCUCCUCACCGCCGGCUGCUCCUGCUUUGUGGGGGUGAAUUGCUCGGUUUUUGCUUGCCGCCGGCCUCUUCCCCCCUGCAGCUCCGGUUUUUACAGCUGGAGAAUUAUGGUAUGUGACAGCCUUUUAAGGCUUAAAUUGUCCAUUUAGUUUGCUGGCUGUGUUGUCCGAAUUGUGCUGGAAAAAUGGGGAAAUUCCUGUAGCAAUUAAGAGGGGUUUAAGUGUGUUUUGUUGGUUAAUUCAUGUAGAAAAUUAGUUAAUUGAUUGCUGUGAUUUUUGGAGAGAAAAUCCCGUUCCUGAUCGUUCUGUCAGUUAGCACCGAGAUUGAAUCUUUGGUUUUAUGCGAGUGAGGAAAUGAAACCAAGGACGGAAAAACCACAGGAAGUGACGUGUUAGAAGGCUAGCCAUCUUGUAAAUUGAUAUAGAUUUUAGAUAUAGACCAUGAUUUUGUAAACUGGAUUUUAAUUGGAGAUUUUAUGAAUUUAUUGAAUGAAUUGUUAGUUACAAGAGAUUUGACCUUCAGAUUUUGUUGGUGGUAUCAGAUUGUGAUAUGAUAAGUUCCGAGCCUUGUGCAUUUGUGGAAUUUGUCUUACGAGUGCACGGCGUCUGUCGCGUCU